UAUUUGUGUAAACAGCUGAUUACUUAUCACAAUUUUAGUUGACAGUUUACCUAUUUAAUUCGCAACAAGUGCAAUUUUAAUACUAUCAGCUAAAAAUGUUGCGUACAUUAUAUACAUCAUUAGCAAAGAGUACAAAUUUAACUGCUGCUGCAAUGGCUCCACUGCUCGGGGGAAGCAAUCGUAAUCAAAGUACAAUCAUUAAACAAAGUGAUGGUGUACGUGAGAUCAUAUUAAAUGAUCCCAGAGCACGCAACACACUUUCCCGUGAAGUGAUGGCAAGCAUCCUCGAAGGCAUUACAAAGGAUGCACAUGAUGAAGAGCUACGUUGCAUAGUGAUUAGCUCCACCGGUCCAGUUUGGUCGGCGGGACAUAACUUGAAAGAAAUUUCAGCCUCUACUGAUGGCGGUUGUGAGAUCUUUAGCCAGCUUGUGGAAAUCAUAAUGAACAUAUACAAAUCUUCAGUGCCGAUAAUAGCGAAAGUAAAUGGCAUGGCUACUGCUGCUGGCCUACAGUUGGCAGCCUCAUGUGAUAUGGUCGUGGCAUCAGAUAAAGCAAGCUUUGCUGCUUCAGGCAUUAACUUAGGCAUAUUCUGCACGACACCUGGCAUUGCGAUAUCACGUAUUAUGCCGCGUAUGCGGUCUUCUUACCUGUUGUUUACUGGUUUCCCGAUGAAGGCACCAGAUGCUUUAGCGGCAGGCUUGGCCAGCGUUGUUGUACCCGAGGCAGAACUAGAUGCAGAAACUGACAAAAUAACAAAAUCAAUAAAAGAGAAGAGUCGUGCAGUGAUAGCCAUGGGUAAAGUUUUCUAUUACAAACAAUUGGAAAUGGGCAUUAAGGAAGCCUACGAACAAGGCACAAAUGUAAUGGUUGAAAACAUACGCAUGGAUGAUGCACAGGAGGGUUUGAAAAGUUUUGCUGAAAAGCGUAAGCCCAAUUGGUCAAAAUUGUGAAUAUGUAGCUGUUGUUGACUUUUGAAAAAAACUUAAUAAUAAGCUCAAUGAAUGGAUCGGGCUGCUAUUCAAAUGCAUUUAUUUUUCAUAUGUUAAUUUUUGUUUUCCAAAUGUACUUGGCAUAUUUUGAUAACGUUCUGUGAAGACGCUAUUUACUCAGUUAAUGAUGCUAGUAGCACAAAUUUCUAUAAUGCCGCGGUGUAGGUUUUUAUAUCAACAAUAUAAUUUCUAUUGUAAAAAAAAAUGUUUUGUAUGAUUUUAAGACAACGGCGGUCUUCGCACUGGAUUAGUGGGCGGAAAAGCCCACUGUAAAAAUUCGUAUUUAUUUCUGACUAAUUCACGUCUGUUUGUUUUUGUUUCAGAUGAAUUAAGCAUUGAAAAGUAUCGCUAUUUCUAGAUGUUUUGAAUGCCUUAGUUUAGAGCUUGCGAAACCUACAUCAAGAUGAGUGCUUAGAAAACUCACCUGUUUCUUCUGGUUGUUUUUCUUUAUUGUUACCUUCGCUUUUAGUCAUAAAAGUACAAUUAAAGAAAAUUCGUUACAUGUUAAAAUAUUAACUGGUGUGCUUUGUAAUUUAAAAUAAUUUUUUAAGUUUAUUUAACAUGUUUUUUGUUUGUUUAAUUCUAGCUUUUGCUUGACGUUGAACUUCAAGCUUCAAUUGAUGUUUAGGCCUUUUUGCUGGUUUUUUUGUUCGUUGGAUCAUAACAGAGCUUUAUAAUAUGUGAUUUUUCUUGUUCUUUUUGUAGAACCAGCAAUUUAGUCGUUGUUGUUUGUGCAUCAAUUGGAUGUUUAGUGAUUUAGCUGUUUUACUGCUUUUCUCAGGUUUUCGGAAGAAGAUUUUGUAUGCCAUGAAGNUUUUUUUUUUUGUUAUUUUUGUGGUAGUUUGUCCAGUUGACACCUUAAGUGUUGUUCAAAGAAGUGUAAAUCUGUUUUGCGAUUUCGUUUUUUAUGUCAACAAUGCGUUUGUUGUUGAUUAAUGAGUGUUUAAUGAGCUGUUUUUCCAUUAUUUUUAUUAGUAUUUCGUAGAUUGAUGUUUUUUUUUUAA